AAGAAAGGAAAGCGGCGCGUCGAUCGCGCUUCGCGAAGACGAAUUCGGAGCAAGAUCGCCGCCACUGCUCCGACCCCCGACCCCAAUACCUCUUGGUAAGACGACGAAGUCUCUUGUCUAUUCAUGGCACCAGCGAAGAGAAAAGGCAGCGGAGAGACUCGAUCAACAGGCAGCUGCAAAAGAAGCCGGGAUCUGGCGAGGCAGCUGCGGAAGCGACAAGUGGAUCAAAGAGCAUCGGGCGUAACGGGACACAUUCUCCGGCCGGGAGGCGCACGGCGCAAGCGCGCGAGACCCCACCGUUUCCUCCAGGAACUUACUUGCGCGCUCCCCGUACCUUGGGUCUGCACGGCUUGUUGCUUACACCGAGGGGGGGUGUAGAGAAGGGGAUGAUGGGAAAUGUAGUUUGUGGCCUGGAAGCAUUGGGCUGGACUCGGGGCUUCUGGGGAAGCGCCGGGUUCGAAAUAUGCCGAGCAAGGGUUGGUGUCAGCGUUCCUUGUGCAGGUUCUUUGCUGAUCGCUUGUGUUCCUUUGGUGGUGAGGGCGGUUGGGGUUAGCCUAGGGGGUGGUUAUUCAUUUGUGGUUGGCUAUGGUGGUCUUUGUUUUCGUGUGUCAGUGGGGUGGGUGGGUGUUUUGGAUCAGGCUAGCCAUAUUGAUUUGUAUGCUGUUGGUAGAUUAUUGUCAUUGUCCUGUUGGGCUGUGUAUGUGAUAAAGGGGAGCCAUACCGGGGUGAAGGUGUCUUCUUCUAUAUGUCCCCGUGUCAGUUUCAGUUUAUUGGUUAAUUUUUCUAGUAGGGCUGUUUCCUGCGUUAAGACAUUUAAAACGGCAUAAUACUACUUCUAACAGCCGUGGCUUCCCCCAAGGUAUUCUGGAAACUCUAGUUUGUAAGCGUGCUGAAAGAGGCUAGGUUCAUAGAAUUGUAGAGUUGGGUGGUGGACCACGGGGGUCAACUAGUGCAACUCCCUGCAAUGCAUGACUCUUAUUGCUCAGCGUGGGACUUGAACCCAGGACACUGAAAUUAAGAGCCCUGGUCUACUGACUGAGCUAAGAGACUCCUUUGUUCUUGCAACACUACAGUUCUCCGUAGUUUAACCAUCAAUCUCUCUUCUCAGGGAGCUCUGGAAAUUGUAGCUCUGUGAGGGGUAUCGGGGGUUUCCUAACAACUCUCGGCAUCCAUACAAACUACAAUUCCCAGGAUUAGGGGGCCCUCGCCUGCAUAGGAAUAGCGUCUGUUGAUGGGUUGGAUAAACAACUACAGUAUAAAACAAGCAAAUGUUUAAAUAGUUUCCCUUGAUUAAUUGGGCAGAUUUUUUUUUUAAUGAAUGCAUUUAAGCACAUGUUCUUAUAAAUAUUGUGCGCUGGCACAGGAGGUAACCUGCCUUUCCAGGGUGGUGACAUGUUUGCAGCAUUGAAAAGCAAAGUUACACGCAUGUUUUCUGUGGUGCAGGGUUUCAUUUUAAAACGUAGAGGUGGUGUUAAAGGCUCGUGAAGGCCAUGCAUCUAAAGCGUAUUUCUGUUUCAGGGUGCUGGGAACUGUAGCUUUGUAAGGAAUAUAAACUACAGUUCCCAGGAGUCUUCGCGGGGGGGGGGGAGCGUGCGUGCUUUGGCUGUAUGACGCGCAGGCGGUCUAGUCGCAGCGUGGAAAGGAAGGCGUGGAGAAAAGCAAGCAGGAGAAGUUUGCUUUCGAGAAACCCGAUCCCCGCGGCUCCUUUUCCCCGCCCCCGAAGUCUUGGCCGCCAUCCGGCGCCGGAGGAGCGCCAUGGCCGGCGGCUUCGCGGCGGCGCUGGUCCUGCUCGCCUCGGCCCUCCUGGGCUUCCGCGAGGGGCGGACCGAGCAGGAGCUGCGCUUCAAGCCCGCGCCCCGCCAGAGACCCGUGCGCCUCUUCACCGAGUCCGAGCUGGCGCGAUACGGCGGGCAGCAGGUACGGAGGGAGGCCGGGAGGGCGCUUUCCCGGGAGAAGACGGUGGGCCAGGGCCGAGCUGAGGCUGCGAGGAGCGGCUGCUGGCCGAGGAUUUAGGGCGCAAGGGCGGGUUUUGCUGGCUUUGAGCGAUCCGGCGCGGGAAGCCAGCCGAGGUCGGGUUUGCCUACGGAUGUUUGGUUUGCAGACGCUGCUAGCGGCAGGCUAAAAUGUGCGCGCAAGAGUAUGGACGGAAGAGUUUUGCACCUCUUGGUGGGAUCCGGAUUGGAACUCAAAACAGCGACGGGUGUCGUUUUGCCUCGCGUUUGGUUCCCGUUGCUAUGAAUGGAAGGGCGUUGAGUGCGAACUCAUUGAAUGAACGCGGUGGGUUUUCUGAGUAAACAAGCCCCCACAGAAGCAGGCUGCUCAGGUGCACACUUACUAUAGCUGUCAACUUUUCCCUUUUCUUGCGAGGAAUCCUAUUCGGAAUAAGGGAAUUUUCCUUUAAAAAAUGGGAAACGUUGACAGCUAUGGCACUUAUAGUGCUUGGGUCAAAGUCUCAGCAGGAUUUGUUUCCUCCUUCUCCUAAGUAAGCAUGCUGUAAGGAAUUCACAUUUCUUCCUUUCUUCCUUUCUUCUCUCUCACAGUGUGUGAGCUGCAAGUUCAUAGCCAUCCCCAUACAGCCCAUCUGCAGAUUUCUGCACUCCCUAAGGGAGACAAGCCUGACUCCUUCCAGGUUUAGUAACUGGAAGCAAAGCUGCCAGCCUUCCCCCAAACUUGUGCUCUGUAGAUGCUUUAUCCUAAAACUCCCAUACUCCUUUAGUGAUUUUAACUGGUUUUGUCAGACAAGGCUCUCUUAACUUGAUUCACGCCAUUUUUUGAUUGGGGAAAAGAAGCUUACAAAAUUAUAUAGGAUGAUUUUUUAAAAUAUAUAUAUCUUAAAAAUGAGUCUUUUUUGGGGGGGUGUCUUUUCAGGAGGAUCAGCCUAUUUACAUAGCUGUGAAGGGCGUGGUGUUUGAUGUCACCUCUGGAAAAGGUGAGUUAACUUUCUAACAAGAGGGUUCCUCCCUCCCUCCCCAUCUCUGGCUCUGUUUCAGAGGCAGAAAUCUCAGCACUGCAGCCCCAGCUACUGUAAGGCAUUCUUAAGAAAGCUCCAUAUUUCCUAACCUGGUGUCCGCCAGAUGUUCAGGACCACAACUCCCAUCAGCCCCAGCUAGCGUUGUCCUGGGAUAUUCUUGAAAGGGAGAGGAGAACAGAAGAUUAGUAAUAUAUAAUCACAAUUGACAUAUCUUCCAGUACCUUCCCUCUCCCACCUCCAAAGUUAUUUUCUCUCCAUCAAAAUGUGCUCAAAGGAUUCUUCACAACUCUGAAUUCCUUCUUACCUGACCAGACCUAGUAAUGUUCCCAGCUUUGCUGUCUGUGGCAGCAGGAAGGCAUGUUUUCCCCCCUCAAGGCCUCCAGUUCCUGUAAACUGCUUUGUGCAUGGUUUUUUUGGUGGAAAAGCAGCAUACAAUGAAAUGACUGUAUCUUCUCAGCAGCCAUCUGCACAGCUCUGCCCCUUUCACCUCAGUUAUUUCAUGGUGCCGGCUAUUUCUUCUCACAUUAGCCAGGCGGCAAGCUGUAGCAAUGGACUUUAUUUAUUAAAAAAAAUCUUUUUACAGCCUGGUGCUAGUCAGAGAAGGGCCAAGCCAGGUGGCUGCAGUUGCCGCGGACUUCAUUUACCCACAAUGCCUCUCAGGUCUGACUUAAGGUUGCUGUGUUUGAGGGAAACAAAGGAGGCAUCGGGGGAAAUAAAGGUGCUUCUUAAAGUGCUGGGCCUUAAAAAUAAAUAAAAAGUAAGCCAACACACACAUACAAAGGAUGCUGGAGCAGCCUUGUUGGCACCUGCUGGAGUUUGUAGGCCCUGACAUUUGCCCAACCAUGCUGGAUGCCAACGCUGGGCCUGGUUACCUCAGCCAAAAACGCACAUCGCCCCCUUUCAGCAGAUCACCAUUUAAAUCCACUUGGCUGCCUCCUAGGUGAUUACCGUAGUUUGUUGCCACCUGCCGUCAUCUGUGCACUGAGCCUCAUUAUUUAAAAUACUGGAUUCCCUCAGAUCAUGUGCAGGUCUUCCAUUAGUGCUGUGUUAGUAAUAUAAUUUGCUUGUCACUUUCAUGGCCAGGGAGGCUGAUAAGUGCAAUAAGUGGAUGUCUUUCUCAUCUUGUACAAUGGAAGCUAAAGUUCUUUUGCGAUGGAAUCUAAUUUUUUUAAGGUUCUGGCAUUGUACAAGGAAGAUAAAACAGACAAACCUCCAGAUGUUGUCCAGAGACCAGAUAUUUGAUGCGCUCAGCUCCUGAGCCAUCAGAUGUUUGUGGGAUUUUUCUACCCUCACGGUUUUCUAACUUGUUCCUUGUUCUAAAAGGAAAUAGGCUUUUUUUCUGAAAUAUCACGGACAUAAUUAAAUAUUAGAAGUACCAUGAGAGGUUUGGUUUUUUUUAAGGGUAAUGGAUUUUAGCUUAAUUUCAUUGAGACCUUAUUUUCUCCUCCUUGGACAGAGUUUUAUGCGAAAGGAGCACCGUACAAUGCGCUAGCUGGCAAAGAUUCCACACGAGGGAUUGCAAAGAUGUCGCUUGAUCCGGUGGAUCUCACGCAUGAUACAGUAAGAAAAAGAGAGAUGUGUUCUUUGUACAAUGGGCUGAGCCACAAUCCUGCACAUCACUUUACUUGCAUGUAGGCCUAAAUUGUUGUUGGCAGUUAGCUGUUGCCUCAGGCACAUGCAGGAGCAAGGCAUCUGGUGGGUGGGGAAGCGAUCUCUGCAUAUCUUCCUCUCCCUUUUGAAUAGUCAUAUACGGCACAGUGAAUGAAUUUGCUCUCUCUUCCCUCCCUCCCUCCCUCCCCUUGCACAGACCUUAACUCGUUUUCAUAUUUCAUUUAGGUGGGCCUUACGGAAGAGGAGUUGCAGUCUCUGGAGGAAACCUUCCAAAAUGUCUACAAAGCCAAAUAUCCCAUUGUCGGCUAUACUGCCCAAAGAAUUCUCAAUGAAGAUGGCAGCCCUAAUCCAAACUUCAAACCUGAAGAUCAGCCACACUUCACCAUUAAGGAUGAGUUUUGACCCAGUGGCGUUGCAGUUCUAAGAAGCCGCGGGUACUCUCCUGCGUUACAAGAAGAAAUAGACAAAAGCAAGAUGUAUGGCUGAUAGCAGGACGAACUCUCGGAAAACUGAAUGGCGUGGCAUGCCUGUGACAGGAUGUAUUUUUUGACAUCUUUAAGGGUAAAACUAGGUACCAGAUGCUUACUAUGCUAUCUUGGCUCUGCAGCUGAUGAGCCAGUAAUGUCAUGGUAAAUGUGGAAUUUAUUUUAGUCCAGUUCUCUCCUCCCCAGUGAAAUUAUCCAUGCCUUUCUAUCUACCUGUCACUUGGCUAACUAAAUACGAGUCUUUAUGAGAAGGGCGGUGCUUGCAACAAAAGGCUGCAGCGUGUAGCGUUCCUGGUUCAGGGUGCCAGCCAGCCAUGCCAGCUUGAAGGAUUCCAUUCCAUCCACCCACUGUUCUGUUCUCCGCCCCCCAGGCAACAGUAAAUUGGCAUUCUGCGCCCACUGAUCAUGCUCCAUCUCAGUGGGCUGUGUUUGUGGUUCUUUUCUUUCUACAAACUCUGCAGUAAAGCAAGGCUGCUCAUGUCCUCCCUUUCUCGUUUUAUAUACAUUUUAUUUAUUUACUGCCUUCCUAAACUGCAUAAUAGCCAAAGCUUUCUGGGUGGGCUCCAGAUUUUCUUGGGUUGUGGACAGGACACAGAACAUGCCUGCAGAUAUGAACCUUGCACUGCGUACUUUGUUAUGGAUGUUUCAUAAUGACUUCAAUAUUUCCAGUUUCUUUAUCCUGAGAUUAACUGCAUCUGUGUUUUGUCAUCUUAGAUAUAAAUUGGGUCCCCUGUAUUAUUUUUUUUAACUGUCUCACUGCGGCUUGGUCUUAUUUUAUUUACUUCAGUCCUCUGGAGAGACGGUUGCGUUGUGGUUUUUUGUUCCCCUCCCCUCCUAGUUAACCUAAUUUACAUCAUCUCCAGUUUCUACCAGGGAAAGGCAUGCCCUUAUCCAUCUGUCAGAGUGCUAUUAGGAAAUCUCUGGGGCUUUAAUUUGCAUAGCUCCUGGAGAACAUGCAUGCUUAUGCUAGACAAAUUGAUGUUAACCACAGAGCUGCAAUAGCCUAAGGAGACUGUGUCGUGUUAUGUUGAUUUACCUGAGAGGCUGAAUUAGCAAGAUGACACUGAGCAGCCGCUCCGGAUUCUUCAAAGAUAAUUUGUUCUGUUGCAUUAAGCUCCCCACUGUUUGAUUUCAAAGAGCAGACGAUUACACAUCCCUCUCAGGGGAGGUUGUGUGUCAUACACACUAAUAAAUAAAUGAAAAUAAUCGAGAACUAGUUGCCUUGCAUGCAGAAGGUUCAAAGUUCAGUCCCUAAUUUAUUUUGGUUAGGGCUGGAAGAGAUCCCUGCCUGAAACCCUGGAGAGUCUCUUCCAAUCACUGCAAACAUUACUGAGCUCAUUGAAGCCAAUGGUCUGACUCACUAUAAGGCAACUUCCUGCAUUAAAACUGGGUUUUGAUUCAGGAAGUCCCUGCCCUCAGGUACCACUUUGGCCAUAGAAAGCUGUUUUAUACCAGGCCAGGCUGCUUGUUAGAAACUCAAAUAUAUAAGCUAAUUGCCAAAUGGAAACUUAAUUCUAGGUUGUGGUGGUCACAAUGGAAUGUCUAGGCACUUUUUUUCCUUUUUGCAAUGAAACUUAUUAUUAAUUUCAUUUCUAUACCGCUUUAUAUUUUAGAGGAAAAAUCUCAAAGUGGUUUACAACACAUUAAAAUAUCACAUAAAACAAGCCAGAAUAAAAUUAAUUCAAGCUUCAAGGGAAAAAAUUCAGAUCCUUCUCUAAGUGACAUUUUGCUUUUGCCAGUUGUAAACCUGGCGUCCAGAAAUCUCCAUGUGGUUGCAAUUGGACCUGUGCCAGUCACAUUAAUUAGUAGCGGGAGAGAACAUAACCUCAAUUGUGGUCAGCAUCCGUCAGCAGAAGAAAUUUUCUUCCAGGGUUCUGUCGUCAUAUUGUGGAAGCGAAACUCGGCAGAAGCCCUUUCAGUUUGUGGUUUGCAGAAACAGGAGAUAGUACAGAAAACAGUGCACUUCGCUCCCAUUUCUAAGAAUAAUAGCUGUGGAAGUGUUAUGAGCAGCUAUGCCUUGGCAAAUCUGAGAAAUAGUUCCUUAUAACCCAUUCCCACAUUUCUCUAAAUUUAAAUUUCUGUUCUUUAACCAAUAACUUCUCAAAGCAGGUUAUGAGCAAAAACAAACCACCCAUUAAAUAUUAGUUUGCAGUAAUAAUGAAAAACUGAAUUUAGACAAGCAAUCAAUAAAAGCAAUUCAUUAC